AUGCGGCUCGAUGGAUUCUUCGCUAUUUCAGUUUUCGGUCGCUUUUCCUUUUGCAGCGACGGCGUUUCAAGCACGGGUUCCUUAGCCAGCGAAGCGAUGGUGUUCAUUGCGAUUGCGCGGGCGCUGGUGGACUCUGCAGUCAUGGUAAUUACAUAUUCGGCAGCAUGGUGUUUUCCUACUUGGGUAUUGCAUCUGCGGCGGUCGUCUUCUGUUUGGCUCGACUGUACAAUACCCAUGGAUUAUACCAUCUCCUCUCUAGAUUAG